UUUUAGGAGAGACGAAAUGUGUCCUAUGAGAUUCUUGUUGGUGUUUUUCUCUGCAAUUUUAGCAGGCUAUGUCGCAUGGAGGACGGUACGUUCAUCAGCUGGCACCGACGGCGAAGUUUCAGAGGAUUCCGAGAAGAUCGUUGUUCAAAAUACUCAUGGAUUCAGUUUCAAAAGGAUGGUUCAGAAUGGAUUCUGGGUAUUUGUGGACAUGGCUAGUGGGAAGUAUCUGUGGAGGAAUCUGAAGGAACUGAAGAAUGAUGAAAAUGGGAAGACCUCCUAACAGUUUUAACAUAUUGUGCAAAGUAUGUUAAACUAAUUUAUUUUUUCUUCUUUUUCUUGUAUCAAUAAUUGUACCAUAAGAACAUGUCAAUCCUUUCUUCUUGUUUUUAGAUAAUAUAAAACUUGAAAUAUAAAGACAUGAAAUUUUCACUUAUUCUAGAUGUGUACCUUGUUAUGAUUAUGAAUGCAGUUUAUCCAA